AUGUCAUCGACUAAUCCUGUAAACGUAGAUGGCAUCCAAUUCAAUCGCAGCAGUGAUCAAUUGGGGAGUGGUGGUUUCGGCUUAGUGUUUCGUGGUAAAUAUAAAGACCAAAGCAUAGCAGUCAAAAGAAUUGAGAAGAGAGAUGACAGAAAACCACUAGUUGACAAAGAGUUAAACAUUCUGAAGCAGUUAGACCAUCCCAACAUAGUUAAACUCCUUCAUUUCGCAAGCGAUGUCAACUUCGAUUACUUUGCUUUAGAAUUGUGCGACGCAUCCUUGGAUCAGGUGUUCCCUAAUCAGGACGAACCUCGGGAAUAUAAAGGACCUAUGUUACCGAAUAAUUUUGAGGUUUUCUCCCAGUUAGCCUCUGGUCUCAAAUAUAUUCAUUCGCAGAAUCUAAUCCACCGAGACAUUAAACCGGAAAACAUUCUAAUUUCUGUGAAACCUACUGACCAAGGCAAUGAGACAACGAUGAAAUGGGCUGAUUUUGGAUUGUCCCGAGAAGUGAGUGAACGAGGAACAUAUAAAAUGAGUGGAAUCAGAGGGACUACACUUUGGUUCUCUCCCGAAGAGUUGGAAAUACUCUCCGGAAAAAACAUACUGAUUAUUAAACAAACUAAAGGCUCCAUCAAAAGCGACGUUUACGCAGAAGGACUCGUCUUCGGUUAUAUUCUUUUGAAAGGAAGUCAUAUCUACGGUGAAAAUGAUUUAGAAAUUACGAGUAACAUCAUGAAUGACAAGUCUGUUAAUAUGAAUCAAAUUCACGAAUCGCAUUGGGCACGUAACUUGAUAAAGAAAAUGUUGUCCAAGACACCUGAUACAAGAAUCACGUCUGAAGAAGUCGUUAUUCAACUUCAAUCCAUAAAAAUUCAACUAAAAGAAGGAGAACAAAAACUGCUUCGGCUGUGUGCAGAUAAGAGUCCAACGUCGGAUUUUAUAAAUGAAAUCAAAACUUUAAUACGACUCGGCAUCGACUUGAACGCAAAGAACAAAGAUGGAUGGAAUGCGCUUCAUCUUUUGUGUCGUAACAAUUCAACCCCACAAUUAAUCGAGGCAAUUAAAGUCUUGAUCGAACUCGGCAUCGACUUCGGCAUCGACUUGAACGCAAAAGACAACUCUGGAUGGAAUGCGCUUCAUGUUUUGUGUUACAACAACUCAGGCCCCCACUUAAUCGAGGCAAUUAAAGUCUUGAUCAAACUCGGCAUCGACUUGAACCCAAAGAACGAUGGAUGGAAUGCGCUUCAUCUUUUGUGUCGUUACAAUUCAACCCCACAAUUAAUCGAGGCAAUUAAAGUCUUGAUCGAACUCGGCAUCGACAAGGACGCAAAAACCAACAUUGGAUCGAGUGCGCUUCAUCUUUUGUGUUGCAACAACUCAGGCCCCCAAUUAAUCGAGGCAAUUAAAGUCUUGAUCGAACUCGGCAUCGACAAGGACGCAAAGCAGAAAUAUGGAUGGAAUGCGCUUCAUCUUUUGUGUUUCGAAAACUCAGGCCCCCACUUAAUCGAGGCAAUUAAAGUCUUGAUCGAACUCGGCAUCGACUUGAACGCAAAAACCAACGAUGGAUGGAAUGCGCUUCAUCUUUUGUGUUGCAACAACUCAGGCCCCCAAUUAAUCGAGGCAAUUAAAGUCUUGAUCGAACUCGGCAUCGACAAGGAUGCAAAAACCAACGAUGGAUCGAGUGCGCUUCAUCUUUUCUGUCGUUACAAUUCAACCCCCCACUUAAUCGAGGCAAUUAAAGUCUUGAUCGAACUCGGCAUCGACUUGAACGCAAAAACCAACGAUGGAUCGAGUGCAGUCGAUUUGAGUCGGAGAAAUGAAAAACUUUCUGAACACAACGUGGACGAAAUCUUUGGAACCAUAUGAGCUGCCUUUACAAUUGCAUGAGAUAAGAUCUAGUUGUCUUCCUCGUCCCGUUACGACCAUUCCCUUGUCUAUCUUUACAAUUAUCAUUGGAUAUAUUUGCGUGUGUUUUUUUUUUUUCAAAUAAAGGGAAUUAUGAAAAGUUG